UCGUCGCCCGGGCCGAGGUCGAUUUCGUCCUCGAUCUGCCUGCGGCGGUGGACGAGGAAAUCGUGGUUGCCGACCAAGGCGAUAUAGAGGUGGAAACCCCUGGCUCUGUGGAAACCCCUGGCUCUGUUGAAACCCCUGGCUCUGGCGAAGACCAGAGCGCUCAGGCACCGGUGGAAGCGCCCGCCGAUACGCCGGUUGCGCAGACGCCUGCAACUCCGGAAGUGGUCGAGCCUGCAAUAAGCCCCGAACCGGCCGCGCCAGCGCAAUCUGUCCAGCCCGAAACCGCCGUUCCGACAUUGGUUGGGGUCGGCGAUGGUGAACGGGCGGCUACGGGCCUGGUCAUUAUCCGGCAGGGCGACAACCUUUGGACAAUCGCUCGCUGGGUCUAUGGGGAGGGCAUUCGCUAUACGCAGAUAUUCGAGGCCAACACCGACCAGAUUCGUAAUCCCGACCUCAUCUACCCCGGGCAGGUUUUCGAUCUGCCCGGCACCGAUGAAGUAAUCGGCGAAGUCGAUGAAGGGGCCACCGCAGCUAUGCAUGAAGACGAUAUUGCCGGAUUGAUGCGGGCCCUGGGGCAUCCUGUUCGGCUGCAGAUUUUGCGCAUCUUGGCGCAGCGCGCGGAAAACUGCUGCUGCAACGAUGUCACCGAUUGUCUUUCACUUGCCCAGAGCACCGUUUCCCAGCAUCUCAAGGUGCUGCUUGACGCUGGGGUAAUCGAACGUCGUGCAAAGGGGACACGUAACAACUACUGCGUGCGUACCGACCGGCUUGCCGCCUUCAACCGCGCCGUUAGUGACUAUGUUUCCGGCCUGGAUGUGUCGAGUCCGCACUGCGAACGCCAGACAGUCGAAGCGGCGCCAAGAUCAACCGUCAGCGCCGACGAAGGCGCCUUGUUUUCCACAGUGCGCAAUCUUUGGGGUUAUAUGUGGCCGGCUGAUCGGCCCGACCUGCGUAUGCGGGCCGUUCUCGCAAUCGGCGCCUUGCUGCUGGCAAAAGUGGCCAGCACGCUGGUGCCCUUUGCCUACAAAGGCAUCAUCGACUCGCUCGGCGUUUCCGGCCCGGACGCUGCGCUGUUGCUCGGGCUCUCCGUGCCCAUCAUCCUCGUUAUCGCCUAUGGCGUGGGCCAGAUCGUCGAUACCGGGUUCCAGCAAUUGCGCGAUAUCCUGUUUGCCUCGGUGGGCCAGAACGCUGUGCGCCAACUCGCCUAUCGCACGUUCACGCAUGUGCAUCGGCUAUCGCUCCGGUUUCAUCUGCAGCGCAAGACGGGCGGGCUGAGCCGCGUCAUUGAACGCGGCACGAAGGGCAUCGAGACCAUCGUCCGGUUCACCAUGCUCAACACG